AUGAAUACUUCAUGGAAGAAUACACGUGUUGCAUUAACAAAUUUUGCAAAGGUGUUAACUUGUUACAAAUGUGGAAAUAAACCAAUAAAUGCAACAAGACAUAUCUAUUGUGGUCACUUUUUUUGUAAACAGUGCAUUGAAGCUGAUUUUAUAUGCAAAUGUAAAACACCUAUACAACCAAAUGAAAUAUGUAACGAUCACUUAAUUAAUAGUCUUGUUUCUUAUUGUAGUACUCUUGCAGAAAUAAUACAAGAAAGAGAUUUAUGGAAUUUAACUACAAAUUCAAAUGAAUUACAAUUGCCUGCAACAACAGAAAUUAAUUCUACAGCAGAUAAUAUAAAAUAUUAUGUACCAAAAAAAAACAUUAAUAAACAAAAUCCUAAAGGAGAAACAAAGUUACAUAUUGCAUGUUUGAAGAAUCAAGAAAAAUAUGUAUCGCUUCUGUUAGCUGCUGGUGCAAAUCCAAAUACAAAAGAUCAUAAUGGUUGGACCCCUUUGCAAGAAGUUGUAAGUUAUGGAUAUACUAACAUAUGUCGCUUACUAUUAGAGUGUGGUGCAUUACCAAAUACAUCUGGUGCUGACAAUAGAAAAGCGUUACAUGAUGCUGUUAUGAAUAAUAGAUUGCCAGAAGCAAAACUGUUAUUAAAAUAUGGAGCUAAUAAAAAUGUAUAUGAUGAUCAUGGAAAAAGGCCUAUAGAUUAUUGUCAACCACAUAGUGAGCUGAAGAAUAUUUUAGAAACUGAAAAUGAAUUGAAUAAUAUAAGCGAAGAAGAUAAGCAUUUUAAUUAUACCUUAAAUCAGUCAUAUUCAAUACGACCAUGUGAUACAUUUAUCGUAUAUGCAUUAAACUUACGAGAGGAGAAUAUAAAAAAUUUAGAUCAAAUAGUUCUAAAGCAUAAAAUUAAAAUUGCAUCUCAGUUUCGGUCAUCUGUAACUCAUGUCAUAGUUGAAACUAAUAAUGAAAAUGUUGUACAAUUAUCAUACAAUGUGAUGAUAGCACUUUUACGUGGAACUUGGAUACUUAGUACUGAGUGGAUUCAAUUAUGUAUGGAAAUGGGCGAAUUAUUCAAAGAAGAUUUAGAAAUAUUUGAAGUUAGUGGUGCACCAAUUAAAGGUAUUCCAAAAAAAGCUAGAGAAAAUGCAGAAAGUCAGAAUCCAGGUCUUUUCAAUCAAUGUCAUUUUUAUUUUUCAUUUCAAUCAAAGAGUGUCUAUAUAUAUAAUAUGCAGUUAACAAAAGAUGCAUUAAUAACACUUAUAAGAGAAGGUGGUGGAACAGUUUUGAAGAGAGGACCAAAUCCAGAAGAUAUAAAGGAUGAAGAAGAAUUUAUUCCCUUUCAUGUUGCCAAUGAACCUACUCAUUCUUUAUAUAAAUGUAGAUAUUAUAUCAUAUAUAUGCCAGGUAAAAAUGAACCGGCUAUUAAAUAUAAUAUGGCCCAUAUAAAAACACUACCGCUUGCAUGGUUAAUUGAAUGUAUAGAAAAAUUUACUUUAAUUGAUCCGAUACAAUUAGGUUUAAAUAAAUUUUAG